GCAUGCUGGUGGCGGCCCCGCUCUUGUGUCGGGAUCCACCGCUAACGUGAAGCUGUGGUGAGGACCCAGACUUUUUUCAGACAUGUCUGUGAGGGAGUCCUUUAACCCCGAGAGCUAUGAGCUGGACAAGAACUUCAGACUCACACGCUUUGCUGAGCUCAAGGGCACGGGCUGCAAGGUGCCCCAAGAAGUUUUACAGAAGUUACUAGAAACCCUACAAGAGAACCACUAUCAAGAGGAUGAACAGUUCCUGGGAGCAGUUAUGCCUCGAUUAGGCAUAGGCAUGGACACCUGUGUGAUCCCUCUCAGACAUGGAGGCCUUUCACUUGUCCAGACAACAGAUUAUAUCUAUCCUAUAGUGGAUGACCCCUACAUGAUGGGGAGAAUUGCUUGUGCCAAUGUUCUAAGUGACCUGUAUGCCAUGGGAGUGACAGAGUGUGACAACAUGUUGAUGCUUCUGGGAGUGAGCAACAAAAUGUCAGAGAAGGAGAGAGACAAAGUCAUGCCGCUGAUCAUUCAGGGUUUCAAAGAUGCAUCAGAAGAGGCAGGCACAUCUGUAACGGGAGGACAGACAGUACUCAACCCCUGGGUGGUGAUGGGGGGAGUUGCAACAACAGUCUGCCAGCCGAAUGAAUUUAUCAUGCCAGACAAUGCAGUGCCAGGAGAUGUGUUGGUUUUGACCAAGCCAUUAGGGACACAAGUGGCUGUUGCAGUACAUCAGUGGUUAGAUAUUCCUGAAAAGUGGAACAAGAUCAAGUUGGUGGUAACCCAAGAAGAUGUAGAACUUGCUUAUCACGAAGCCAUGAUGAACAUGGCUCGCCUCAACAGGACAGCUGCCGGUCUCAUGCACACCUUCAAUGCUCACGCAGCCACCGAUAUCACAGGGUUUGGCAUCCUUGGCCACGCUCAGACUUUGGCACGACAACAGCGGAGUGAAGUGUCAUUUGUCAUCCACAACCUCCCAGUGCUCGCCAAGAUGGCUGCGGUGUCAAAGGCCUGUGGGAAUAUGUUUGGACUCAUGCACGGCACCUGCCCUGAAACAUCAGGGGGCUUGCUUAUCUGUCUGCCUCGGGAGCAGGCUGCCCGCUUCUGUGCAGAGAUCAAAUCCCCAAAAUAUGGUGAGGGCCACCAAGCAUGGAUCAUUGGGAUUGUAGAGAAGGGAAAUCGUACUGCUCGCAUCAUAGACAAACCACGGAUCAUAGAGGUGGCACCACAAGCUGCCACCCAGAAUGUCAACCCAACUCCUGGUGCAACUUCUUAAUCCUCUUUACCUGCAUCAUAGACCGGAACCACAAAAGCUCUGCUGAGUGAUUUUAGACACAUAAACUACAAAACCAUCCUAGAGUGUUGAAAUACAGUAUAUACACAGAAUAGUAUGUACACAGAAAAGACUGGGUUGGCGUGUAUCUAGGUGAACAGCCCCACACAGUGGCCCAGGCGGCAUGUCAUCACCCAGUGGACUCAACCUACAAUAUGCCCAUGAAAAAAAAUUGGUAAGAAACAGUGCAUAAUUCAAAUCCAUUUGCCUUUCGUGUCUGUUGUAUUUUGUUAUGUUAAGUGUGUUCACUUCUGGUAAGAGGCCGAUGAAGACAAUAAUCUGAUACUGUUGAUUCAUUUUGAAUCUUAGGAAGUCUGGUGUCUGUUGCCUCUUGGGCUCUUAAAAUUGCUCUCAUCCAGCAAGCGGGCUGUGUGAUGGUUGUUUUUGUUUGUUCACUUUGUACAGUUAUAAAGCCUAGUUUUAGUUCAUUGCUGUAACUGAUGCCUUGAAAGAAACUGAGUGUGACCCGAAUGGUUUGUUUUUUUAUUACUUUGACUUUUUGUAUUGUCCCCACCUAAACUAAUAAAUGUUCAAAUAGAAGAUGGUUUGUUCUUGCCCGCUAUUAAGGAGCUGCACUCAUCUGAAUGAGCUAAAUCUAAUGUGACAUUAUCUGCUUACAUCAUAAAAGUGCAGAUUGAUUGUUUUUUUUUACUGAAACAAUAGAUGCACAUUGAUCUGAAGUCAUAGAUGAAUCAUGAGUAGAAAUCUGCAUACGCCUCAGGAACCUUUUGCCAUCUGAGUUCCCAAUAGAUUAUCAUAUUUAGGGUAUUAUGAUGUAUAGAAAUUGAAUUAUAUGACUUGUGCAGCUGUUCAAAAAAAAAGAAGCAGUCUGGGUUGUUUGCCAAGAAGUACUCAGUGAGUUUGUUCCCUUGUUGCCUUUGUUUAAAAUCUGGUGCAUUUAGUUUUGCUAACUCAGUGUUGCGAGAAGUUUUCUGGGAGCAAUCUGACUUACUGUAAUGAAGCUUGCAGCUGAUUUUAAGUCCAGAUCUUUUUUGUUUGUCCUAAUAGCGAGGAUGAAUCUCGACGGCCUCUGUAAAUAUUCAUAUGGAAAUUAGGAACAAGAUAUAACCUCCACACCACCUCUUAAAAUAAAAUUCUCUUAAAAUAGA